UAAGGGGACUGGACCCGGGCUCACACAUAGGACUCAGGUUUACGUAAAGGAUAGGAGGUAGGUUCUUCUUGUUUAAAAACAAAACAAAAACUACCCCUUUCACUCUCCUCUCCAGGCAGUUAAACCAGCGAUUGAUUUUCAAGUUCUCUGGUUCUAGAGUUCAAAGUCCAAAGGAUUUUUCGGGGCUGAGAUCUAUUCUGAGCAGACUUCUUUCUUGGGAGAGUCUGGUUGAGAGCUCCAGCCUCAAGGGAGGGCGCCCUUCUCCUCCGGAGGAGCCCGAGCUUUGUAAAGACCAGGAAAGAUUGAGUGGAAGAUCCGGGGUUGAGAAGCUUAACAGGAAGAUCAAAGAGAAAGUUCUUCUACUGUUCCCCUCUCCCCCGCCCCCCAACUUUUGGAAAGAACUGAGAUGGAGGAGGAAAGAGGCAGGAGAGCGUUGGAAGCUUCCCGUGCUAAUUAGUUAUCUCAUUGCGUAUAGAAGGCGUGAGCUGAAGCGCUACCGGCUGAGCUCUGCCUCUGACCCUCCGCGGGAUUUGGUGUGCUGGGGCCUUUGAUUACGCGCGCCUUUACUCCUUGGCCUCAGGUGCCUAGGGUUACGCUAAUGCCAAACACCCCAGUCCCGACCCUAGAAACAGCUCCACCCGAGAGCGUCACGGAGUCUACGAAAUAGAUGCGCAGCUCGCAAAUUGAAAGGUGAGGGGCGAGCUUAAGACCUUGGUUGGGUCGGGCUGUUCUGGAGAGGAGAAAGGUACAACUUGAUGAGCUAAGGAGGGGAAAGGGGAAAGUAGGAUAUCCAGCCUCGCCCUCUCUGUGGACGCCGGCCCGGAGAUCCACACUACCAUCCUUGUUAAUAAAGGCAAAGUGGGAGGUACAGAAAGAAGACGUGGGUGCUUCUGUAUGUGAAAGAAGUCCUGUUUAAGGGAAGAACUGAAAGGAGCGGAUCAGGGAGCUUCUGUGUUUGGGGUGGAGGUGAGGGAGAGAAACAGGGCAGUCGCUGAAUUCCACCCCGCCCUCUAUCCAGCAGUUGAGAAACCACGGGAUAGGGACCGGGAGGGUGCUGAGGAGGAGGUGUAUAACACAUACGUAAAUGAGACACAUCAGGGCGACUGUGCAUCUGUCUGGCUGAAGGAUCCUCCUCCUCCUCCUCCUCCUCAACAUGGUACUACGUGUUAAAAAGCCAACACGGAGCAAAUAGUAAAUAGAGAUGCUUGAAGCCACAGAGGAAAGGAGACGAACGGGACCGAACCAAACAGAAGAGAAAUUGAAGGAAAGCGAGAACUAACCUAACCUCAUGUCUUCCAAAUAGAUUCCCCAACCGGGCUUAUUCCAAAGAGGGGCUGUGAUUAAACCCCUUCUCAGCCACCCAUCCUUAACCCAGUGACAAACUGGGUCUCGCUUGAGCUCCCUGAAAGGGAAUAAGCAAUAGAUCACUGUCUGUGAACUGCGGUUGCCGUUUGCGAGGGAUUUAAUUUUCUUGCUUUUACAUUUUUCUUCCAGUUUUUUUUUUUUUUUUUUUUAAGGUGUCUGAUAUUUCCCGAUUCCAGCUCUGUACUAUUCCGUCUUCAAUUUCGCAGAUUGUGGAUUUUUACCUCAUCCUUCUCCCUUUUUCCUCCAAGGAAAGAAAAGGAUUAAAAGUUACAAGUAUUGUUAUCGUUGGGUUUGAAGAUUAUUCUUCCCCUCUUCCGCUUGGUGUGAUUUAAAAUUACUAAGUAGUAUGUGCACCAACAUAGUUUACGAAUGGCUGAAAGCCCUGCAGCUUCCCCAGUACGCGGAGUCCUUCGUGGAUAAUGGCUAUGAUGACCUGGAGGUGUGCAAACAGAUCGGGGACCCUGACCUGGACGCCAUCGGAGUCUUGGCGCCCCAGCACCGGCGCCGGAUCCACGACGCCGUAAGGAGGCUGCGGGAGCAAGACGCCAAUGCCGCCGGCCUCUACUUCACCCUCGAGCCGCAGCAGCUGCAGCCCCAACAGCAGCCUGGUUCCCCUUCCCCAGAAAUCUACACCAGCCACCUGGUGGAGCAGUAUGAGGGUCAGGCUUGGAGGGAGACUCAGCCUGGCCAGACCCAAGGAUCCAGGGGGGGUUCCAGGAACCAGAAAGCAGGGUCCCGCAGCAAGGAACUGGUGACCUAUCCCAAACUCAAACUGAAAAUCAUGAUCAGGGAUAAACUCGUCCGGGAUGGAAUCAACUUAAGCAAGCCCCCGUACUCCAAUAAGGUCCCAAUGGCUGGCAUCCUAGAGUACUUAAUGAAUUGGCCGAAGUCAUCACAGAACCGCUAGAUAUCAUUUUUGCGAACUCGUGGAGGACUGGUGAGGUGCCUGAAGACUGGAAAAGGGCACAGAUAGUGCCUUUCUUUCAAAAAGGGAAAAUGGAUGAUGACCUGGAAAAAUACUCAUCAGCCAAACUUUUAUGCUUGGAAAUAUUCUGGACUAAUCAACUUUGUAUAACUGGGUGCUAAUUUCUAAAAAGCAAGAAACAAAAAGACAAUAAAACUCCAAUACUUAUUUGAAAAUGUUUUGCCACCCAGUUCUGCAAACUCUUGACUGUUUAAAAGGAAAUAGGAUAAGUUAAUGAGCUUGAUUGAUGUUAGUUAAAGUUUUAGAAAAAUCGAUUAUUAAUCACAGUAAAAGGAAUAAGUUCUUAGCAUUAGGGUAUAAUUAGAUCAUUCUAUAUUCAUUAAUUUGUCUUUUAGCAUAAAACUCGGUUUUCCCUCCUUAAAGGACAAUACCAUAUUAAAAAUAUCCUGGGAAGAAAGAUGACCUGGUCAGAGGUACAAAGAGGAACAAAUGACCAAGAUCUGUGUAUAUUAUGGCAUAGUGGCAAGACUGCUGGGCUUGGAAUUUGGAGACCUGAAUUUGUGUCCCAGUGUUGAUACUUAUUAGAUGUGUGGGUGACCUUGAGUUGGUAUCUUCAUUAUCUUCCUGUGUUUUAAUUUCUUCAUCUGUAAAAUAGGCACUAUCUAUUUCAAGAGGCUGUUUUGAGGAAAAAAAUAUUUUGUACAACUUAAACUGGUAAAGAAAUGUGUUAUUACAUGUGUAAAAGGAUAGAAAGGAAUUUCAUCCUGGCUAUCAUACAGGGGCUUAAAUUGUAAGAAUGAUGAUAAAUGUAAAAGAAGCUCUGUUACUAACUUGCAAUGGGAUUUGGGGCAAAACUCUUUCUCCUCUUGGGGGCCCUAAUUUUAUCUUUUAUAGAGUAAGAAGUUUGGGCUAAAUCAGAGCUUAAACUUUUUUUCCACUUGUAACCCCAUUUCUCCUGAGAAUUUUUACUUGAUUCUGGAUAUAUAGGUAUAUAUAAUACUUUAAUGAUAAUAAAUCAUGAUUUUGUUACUCCCCCCUCCCCACAUACACACAUUCAGUUAUGAGAUUCCCAUAGGCAGUCAUGAACCAUAGUUUAAGAAGCUGGGGACUAGAUGAUAUCAAUAGCCCAUACAAAGCUAAAUGGUGCUCUACUGUAUACAGAGUGUUUCCAGUUGAGAUAAAUGAGGCCCCAAAGACAUUGUCACUUUCUUCAGGUCACUAAUAUUUUUUUAAGUUUUUAUAUUCUGAUUCUAAGUAGUCCCAUUUUGUAUUAUGCUUUUUUAGGGUGAAUAGUUUAGUGAAGGCAGCAUAUCUGCAUGUUGAACAUUGCAAUGCAUAGAUACAUGGAUAAAACUAAAGAUGCCUUGGUAAGGGAAGAGAUAUCGUUUUAGUUUUUGUCAUGCCACACACAUGAGAUUCACUUAGCUUCACAAGUAUACUCUAUGCAGUGACUGACUGGAAAGCAGGAGCCAAUUAUUCUGUGCAACCUGACUUCAUCCUACUUGCCAAGAAGCCAGAAGUGUUGAAUACUUUGGCCCACUCCAUGUUAAACACUAUCCCUUCCAUGGGGACAGAAAUCCAUAAUUUCUGAUUGAAGAACCAUACUUCUCGAUAUAUUCUCUUGUCCUUAGCCCUUACUGAAGCCUCUUGAUGUGGUAGCCAUUUUUGCUAGUUCUUCUUUUUAUAUGGAUAGAGGCAGGUAGGUGACUUAGUGGACAGAGUGCUGACCUUGGAUUCGGGAAGAUCUGAGUUGAAAUCUGG